AUGGAUGACGAUGUCACCAACUUUUUGAAAAACUGUGUGCCCUGCGCACUGAGUGAAAAAUCGCUCAGACCAGAGAAACCACCACUAUAACCAAUACCAUGGCCUAAAGAACCUUGGGAGAAGAUUCAAGUGGAUAUCUUCAGAGAACUACAAGAAGCUCUAGCUCUCCAGCAGUACCUGAUCGUUGUGACAGACCUGUACAGUAAAAGGCUUGAAGUCAUAGCCACAAGCGAUGUGACCACAGCAACUGUGAUCAAUUGA